GGGGUUAGCAGCGAGUUCUCGCGAGAGUCGAGGCCCCACCUAUGGUCCCGUGGGUGCUGUGAUUGCCGCUCAGCUGUCCUCACGGCUGACAACUCAAACAGCAACAACCACGACACCAGACCCCUCCCCCACCUCUCUCUCUCCAUCUUCUCUGCCUCUCUCGAGACGGGCGGCGGUCGAGUUCCCCGCGGCGAAUCAACUUGACACGAUUCUCCCUCUUCAAAGCCACAUUGGCGAUUCUGAACGAAGACGCUUUCGGAAGACGCCUGCCGCUUUGGGAAGACGACUGCCGCUUUGGGAAGACGACUGCCGCUUUCGGAAGACGGCUACCGCUUUCGGAAGACGGCUACCGCUUUCGCAAGACGUCUGCCGAUUUUGGAAGCCGACCACUACCGCUUUGGGAAGACGUCUACCGCUUCCGGAAGACGACUACAGCUUUCGUAAGUCUUCUACCGCUUCCGGAAGAGGUCUAACGACUACUGCUUUGGGAAGACGUCUUCCCCUUCCGGUAGAGAACUUCCGCUUCCGGUAGACGACUACCCCUUUCGUAAGUAGUCUACCGCUUCCGGAAGAUAUCUACCGCCUUCGGAAGACGUCUACCUAUUUAGGAAGACGACUACCGCUUUGGGAAGACGUCUACCGCUUUCGGAAGACGUCUACCGCUAUCCGAAGACGGCUCCCGCUUUCGGAAGACGUCUACCGCUUUUGGAAGACAUCUACCGCUUUCGGAAGUCAUCUACCUAUUUAGGAAAACGACUACCGCUUUAGGAAGACGUCUACCGCUUUUGGAAGACAUCUGCCGCUUUGGGAAGACGUCUACCGCUUUCGGAAGUCAGCUACCUAUUUAGGAAGACGACUACCGCUUUAGGAAGACGUCUACCGCUUUCGGAAGAGGUCUACCUACUUUGGAAGACGUCUACCGCUUUCGGAAGCCUUCUACCUAUUUAGGAAGACGAUUACCGCUUUAGGAAGACGUCUACCGCUUUCGGAAGAGGUCUACCUACUUUGGAAGACGUCUACCGCUUUCCGAAGACGACUCCCGCUUUCGGAAGACUUCUACCGCUUUUGGAAGACAUCUGCCGCUUUGGGAAGAACUCUACCGCUUUCAGAAGACUUAUACCUAUUUCGGAAGAAGACUACCGCUUUGGAAAGACAUCUACCGCUUUUGGAAGACAUCUGCCGAUUUGGGAAGACGUCUACCGGUUUUGGAAGACAUCUACCGCUGUGGGAAGACGUCUACCGAACGAGAGUUUAUGUCGAGAACUUCUGGUCGUCUGAUUCCGCCUGCCAUCUUGAGGCGUCACGUGGCACAGAGGGGACCUCGCCGGGCACCGACGCCUCGCCCAUGACCUCACCGUGACCCCACGUCACAUGCGUGUGGAGAAUGCCGUCCAGCUCCCGCUCCGGAUCCGCAGUCCGGAGCUCCGCUUCGGGAUCCCCAGCGGACCCCUCGGAGCUGUUCCAGCGCGACAAUCCCGAGGCCCUGUUCAGCGACCUGCGGGAGAUCGGGCACGGCAGCUUUGGGGCCGUCUACUUUGCACGGAACGUGCGAACCAGCGAGGUCGUGGCCAUCAAGAAGAUGUCGUACAGCGGGAAGCAGUCCAGUGAGAAGUGGCAGGACAUUGUGAAGGAGGUGACGUUCCUGCAGAAGCUCAAGAACCCUCACACCAUCGACUACAAGGGCUGUUACCUGCGGGAGCACACAGCGUGGCUGGUGAUGGAGUACUGCCUGGGUUCUGCAUCUGACCUCCUGGAAGUUCACAAGAGACCUCUCCAGGAGGUAGAAAUCUCGGCCAUCACGGACGGAGCCCUCCAGGGCCUCGCUUACCUCCACUCACACGGCAUGAUACACAGGGACAUCAAGGCCGGCAACAUCUUGCUAACGGAGCCGGGCCUUGUCAAGUUGGCCGACUUCGGCUCCGCAUCCAUCGCCAGCCCCGCCAACUCCUUCGUUGGCACCCCCUACUGGAUGGCCCCUGAGGUGAUCUUGGCGAUGGACGAGGGUCAGUACGACGGCAAAGUGGACGUCUGGUCGCUGGGCAUCACCUGCAUCGAGCUGGCGGAGCGCAAGCCACCGCUGUUUAACAUGAACGCGAUGUCAGCCCUCUAUCACAUCGCUCAGAACGAGCCACCAACACUGCAGGAACUCGAGUGGUCUGAACACUUCCGCCAGUUUAUUUCCUGCUGCCUCCAGAAGUCUCCACAGGACCGCCCAGCGUCCAGCCAGCUCACAGAGCACGCGUUCGUGAGGAGGGAGCGCCUGCCGGCCGUGCUGCUGGAGCUGAUCGCUCGCACCAAGGUCGCGGUGCGUGAACUGGACAACUUACAGUACCGGAAGAUGAAGAAGUUACUCUUCAGGGAGGCGAGGAGCGGUGGUGGUGGCGGUGGUGGCGGUGGUGGUGGUGGUGGCGGUGGUGGUGGUGGUGGCGAGGACACUCCCCAGCUGCUGUUGGGGGUUCACGACGAUCUUGACGAUGAGGAGAGCGAGGGGGGCAGCAGCAGCAGCAUGGGUGGCUCCAUGUUGGCUCGCUCCGCCACGCUGGGCAGCCAGGGCAGCUGCCACUCCACGCCGAGCACGUCUGCGUGGAGCACCGGGGGCAGCACCGGGGGCAGCGUUCACAGCGUGGGCAGCACCGGGGGCAGCGCCGGGGGCAGCACCGGGGGCAGCGUUCACAGCGUGGGCAGUGCCGGGGGCAGCACCGGGGGCAGCGUUCACAGCGUGGGCAGCGCCGGGGGCAGCGUCCCCGACGUCACCACCGCCACCGCCUCCACCGCCUCCACCGCCUCCACCACCACCACCACCACCACCGCCACCGCCACCUCCUCCUCCUCGGCAGCGGCGGCAGCGGCGGCGGUGGAGGUGGAGGCGGUCUCUGCGGCCGUGCCGGCGCCGCCACCGGCAGCCGCGGCCUCGCCGGCCGCGGCUGCCGGCGGCGAGGCCGGAGGUUUGGUGGCCGGGACGGUGGCGGAGACGGUGGAGAGGAGGGGACGCACGGAGAGGCCCAGCGAGGGGGGCCAGGUUGUGGGUGCGUCCGAGGGGGGGGGCCCCGUUGGUGGGGGGCCCCCCCACCGUGCCCCCCACCACCUCCACCAUCAGCAGCAGAGAAACCGCGGAGACUUCGCCACCAUCAGGCCCAUCCGGCUGAUCCACGAGCACCGUCAGGACGUGGACCAGCGUGACCAGCUGUCGGGCUACAAGCGGCUGAGGCGCCAGCACCAGCGGCAGCUGCUGGCGCUGGAGCAGCGCCUGCACGUGGAGCUGGACGAGCUCCACCAGCGGCAGCAGCGGGAGGCCGAGGCCCUCGACACCACCACCUCCACAGAGCUGGAGAAGAUCGCUCGCAAGCACGCGGCUCAGCUGGAGCGCGAGCUGAAGAGCUCUCAGGCCGAGGAGAAGCGAUUCCAGCAGCAGCUGCUGUCCCAGCAGAAGAAGGAGCUGUCACAGUUUCAAGACUCACAGCGGAGAGAAUACAAACUCCGCAAGGAGCAACUCAAGGAGGAGAUAUCAGAGAGCCCCAGCACGCCCAAGAAGGAGCGCCAGGAGUGGCUGUCCCAGCAGAAGGGCUCCCUGCUGCGCCUGCAGGCGGAGGAGGAGGAUUCGCUGCUUCGGCGGCAGCGCGAGCACGGCCGGCGGGAGCUGCGGCGCUACUCCCGCCGCCUGCUGCUGGCACGUCACGGCCUGCAGCAGGACCUGCUGCGGGAG